AUGUAAGACGUCAUCUGACAAAAAUCACAAUACAGCUGCUCAGCGUGCCUGUUACUCGUCACGCUAAACCACAUUCUAUAUGAUGGUGUAAAGUUUAGAGCUGCGCGCGCUGAUUGGUGGAUGUUUCCGGGCUUCACCGGGGCGGUGAACGUGACUGACAGGUCACCUGACCAAUCAGAGGCACUCCAUCCCCUGCGACAAGCCAAACAGGUGUGCUGACUGACAGAGCACUGAGUCUCCUCCCACUCUGACAUGGUGUGAUCAAGUUCGAAAUCUGUUCGGUUCUCCUUAUUUCGUGCUCUUUGACACACACACACACACACACACACACAUGCGCGCACACACACGGUACACAGGUCUAUACACACAUGGCUGUUUGAGCCAUGUCAGAAACGCAGAGAACACUCACUCAAAAUCCUCUGGAGAAAACCUGGGUGCCAUGGAUGAAAAGCAGGCUGAGCCAGCGCAGGGGCUCGUCGGUGCCCCAGUUCACCAACUCCCCGACCAUGAUAGUGAUGGUGGGACUCCCGGCUCGAGGGAAAACCUACAUCUCUAAAAAGCUCACCAGAUACCUGAACUGGAUCGGGGUUACAACCAGAGUGUUCAACGUCGGGCAGUACAGGAGAGACGCCACACGUUCCUACAACAGCUACGAGUUCUUCAGGCCCGACAACGAAGAGGCCAUGAAGAUACGCAAGGCCUGUGCCAUCGCUGCCCUGAAAGAUGUGUGUGAUUACUUCACCAGAGAACUGGGUCAGGUCGUGGUCUUCGACGCCACCAACACCACCCAAGACCGGAGAGAGGUCAUCCUCGGCUUUGCCAAAGAAAACGGUUACAAGGUUUUCUUUGUGGAGUCAAUAUGUGACGAUCCAGAGAUUAUCGCUGAGAAUAUUAAACAAGUGAAGCUGAGCAGUCCGGACUACACAGACUGCGACAAAGAGGAGGCUGUGGAGGACUUCCUCAAGAGGAUCGAAUGUUACAAGUUGACCUACGUCCCACUGGAUGACAGCAUGGACAGGAACCUGUCUUACAUUAAGAUCUUCAACGUGGGCAGCAGAUACCUGGUGAACCGGGUCCAGGACCACAUUCAGAGCAGGAUAGUCUACUACCUCAUGAACAUCCACGUCACCCCGAGAUCCAUCUUCCUGUGUCGCCACGGAGAGAGCGAGCUCAACCUCGUGGGUCGUAUCGGGGGAGACUCUGGGCUGUCAUCUCGCGGGGCAAAGUUUGCCAGUGCUCUGGGUACCUAUAUGCAUGGGCAGGCUAUCAGUGACCUGAAGGUCUGGACGAGCCACAUGAAGAGGACCAUCCAGACUGCAGAGGCUCUGGGAGUCCAGUAUGAACAGUGGAAGGCCCUCAAUGAGAUAGAUGCUGGGGUUUGCGAGGAGAUGACGUAUGAGGAGAUUCAGGAGAAUUACCCAGAGGAGUUUGCACUGAGGGACCAAGACAAGUAUCGCUACCGGUACCCCAAAGGAGAGUCGUACGAGGACCUCGUCCAGCGCCUGGAGCCGGUCAUCAUGGAGCUGGAGAGGCAGGAGAACGUUCUAGUCAUCUGUCACCAGGCCGUGAUGAGAUGCCUGCUGGCCUACUUCCUGGACAAGAGUGCUGAUGAGCUUCCCUACCUGAAGUGUCCUCUCCACACAGUCCUGAAACUCACCCCAGUCGCCUACGGUUGCAAAGUGGAGUCUGUCUUCCUCAACAUUGAAGCUGUCAACACACACAGAGACAAGCCGGUGAACGUGGACGUGGACAGAGACCCAGCGGAGGCUCUAGAGACGGUCCCAGACCACAUCUAGAGGAGGAGACAAAACAGGGAGCUGGUUUCAUUUCCAUCCACCCUGAUGGAAAGUGGCCUUUUCUUAAUUGAAGUAAUCAUAGUGAUCGUUGUUAAGUGGAAAACUCCUCAGCGAUGAGAGUGAGACUUUUCUCCCAUGGCAGCCUAUUGCCAUUGUAAAUGCACUUUAUAAUGCAGGGCUCAGGCCAAAUGUCAGUGACAUGAAGAGGUUUCUUUUACUGUGAAAAUGAUUUUAGUGCUGCUGAACACGAGCCAGAGGACCAGUAUCACUGUUUGGACAUUCUUGAACAUAGUCACGCGUUUGUCCCAUGUUCCUGUCUUUCUUUUGUCCUCUUCCCCUCGUCCCGCUGUUACGUGUCCUCCCCCAUACCCGCGAUAGUGCAUAAACCACUGUAAAGUCAUAGGGGUAACAUGGACUGGCAUGUCGUUUGAGCCUCUUCUUUCUUUUUCUUUUGUGUGUUAUCGUGUCUCUACUUUCACAGAGGCACGUCAUUCAUUACACUGGCAAGCAGGUUUGGUUUUUGAGCGGCUGGGCCUUGGUUGAUUGUUAACGUUGUGCGGCCGAAAUGAGACUUUAAGGAAUAGCUCGACAUUUUGGGGAAUAUGCCCUAUCGUUAACUCGCCGGGAGUUAGAUGUCCAGGACGGAUGCCACUUUCACACCUGUACGAUACGGCUAGCAGCCAGUUAGCUUAGCUUAGCUUGGCAUAAAGCUUUGUAGCGGAGAAAAGGCUAGCCUGGCUCAUUUCGAAGGUAACAAAAGUUGCCUGCCAGCACCUUUUAAAGCUCAGCAAUUAACACGCUAUGUCUCGUUUCUAUAACCCGUCCAAAAAAAUGGGGUAAAACUGACUUUUUUUGGUUUUACAGGGUUUUUUUUUUAAAAUUUGACACUAGUUGCCCAGCAUUGUCCAAUGUCUCCAGAUCUCACGACAGACCACUACGACCUGCAGUGGCUCGUUCACUGGUUAACUCUGCUACAAGUUAGACACCGAAAAGUAGUCCAGCGAAGCCUUCGGUUGUCUUCCUCGAUCAAGUGACACUAUGAAGAGACUUUCGCCAAGAAAUAGUCCGCCCCUGGAUUUUGUUACCUUUCAGACGGAGCCUGGCUAGCGGUUUCCCGGUUUCCACUCCUUAUGCUAAGCUAAGCCUCUGCUGUCCGUAGCUUCGUGUUUAACGCACAGACGCGAGAGUGGCAUCGCUCUUCUCAUCUGACUCUUGGCGCGCAAGCGAAAAAAAAUAAGCCAAUUUCCCAAAAUAUCAAACUAUUCCUUAAACUUGAACUGACCUGCAGCUUUGAGUCUCUUCUGUAUCAUGUUUUCUUUGCAUUCACAGAGCUAAAGCAUUUGAGUGUCCAGAUGACAGUGGUGAUUGGUUUUUGGGCGGAUGUGGUUUUGGUAGGUGUCACAGCGCUGACUUUGGCCCAAAAGCUGAACGGGACUCGAAUGAGAGAGAUUCGGGACUUGAGGGCAAAGGGGGCUGUGACAAACCACGACACCCACAGUACUUGGGGAGUAAAAACUAGAGGGGACUAGUUUGGCACUUUGACUGCCCGAUACCAUGAUGUGCCUCACACAACUCAAAUAUACAAUUACUCUAUGCACCCUACAUACACACACACACACACACACUCGAGGUGCAGUGUGUGUAAUGCUGUAUGUUUUUAACGGAUAUUUGUCAUUUUACUAAGAAACAUGAGGGGAUGUGGUGCAAUACUUAUAAUGGUGGUGCAGUGUGUCUGUGUUUUUUAAAUAUGAAAGUAUUUAAAAGGGGACUGGCUGAUGGUGAAACCCUGAAGGAUUACACUGACCGUGUUUAUGGUGUGGGGUCUGUGCCACAAAGCAAGUUUGACUUAGUCUGGCUCUCUUCGACUUACCCGGCUUCGCUGCGCCUAACGUCGGCGAUCCUGGAUAACUGGUAUCAUGAAGCUGGGCAUAAACUGGCUCUGUUAACUUGGGGUCUGCCGGUCCCGCUCUGAAAGACGCACCGUUGCAUUUAAAAAUCAACAGGACCAUGGGUGCACUAUUUAAACUCGCAUGAGAUGAACCAGUGAUACCUGUGGAGAAAUCUGGUUAUUACGGUAUCAAAAAAAUGAUAUUCAGCAAGUUAAAAUAUAUAAAUUAAAAUCAUACAACUAGAAUAAGAAGUUGUAAAAACAGGAGGAAUAAUAUCUCAAUAAUAAGCGACCUAUUUAAAUAUGGUUGGAAUUUUCAACAUGUUCACUUCUCUACAAUGGUAUGGAGUCCCAAAGUGUUCAAUAUUACAUAAAUGAAUCAUUAGUCAUAUGGAUUAAAUACAGCAAAAUACAGUAUAGAAAUUAAACAAUUUGUGAAAUAGUAUGUAGUGACACAUUUUAACAGAAAAAGUAAGAUGUUUACAUGUGAGGGCUCCUGCCUAAUGUCAUGUUUCUUAACUCGUAAAGUGUGACUCUGGGUUUUGUGCACUUUAAACUGAAAUUUUUAAAUAAUUUUUAAAAUAUUAAAAUGUUAUUCCAUAACCUACUUACUUUUAUACCUCAUGUAAGACAUUUUUUAUUAGAAAAUGUUUUUGUCUUUAUUUCAUAAUGGCAUUUUUCUCAAUUUUAUCUCACACCCCAAUAAUUUCUUCAGAUAUUUCACAAUUCGCUGGUUUAUAUAUUUUACAUAAUUUAUUAAUGAUUAUUUAGUGCUGUUAAAUUAGCUAAUUGUUUUUUUAUUUACUGAAAACGAGAAAUAACUAAAGUAAGGCUCUCCCUGCUGCCAAAGCAGAGAAGGAGAAUACCGAUAGUAGAAAAUAACACUAACUUGAAUAAGACCUCAGCCAAAUUCCCAUUAAAUGAUCCGAAUCUGCCCAAACAUUUAACGGGUUCUUCCGUGACCCAUGCUCCAUCCCUUCAUGAAGUUCGGUGCUAUUGGGUUCAGUGGUUUUUGCGUAAUCCUGCUGACAAACCAACCAGCCGACAGACACGAGUGAUCACACAACCUCCAUGGCAGAGGUCAUAAUAAUGACCUGACCUGAUCUAAAACAGUGAGAGUAAUUAAUAUGUAUCUACGGCAUAAGAGUUAGUCUGGUAAAUUAUUUGUUUUUGUAGAAGUCCCGUCUCAAACCCAGAGUGGACACAUGGCUGACACAGGACAAAAUGAUUCUAAAUUCAGUCCUUUUGUCCAUUUGAGGAUCCUGCAGGAAUGAUGACUCAGUGAUCAGGAGUCGGUUUAGCGGUGCGGCAUGGGUUAACAUGGCGGUCUACCCCGCUUAAAGUGAGUCCGCUUCCUGAUACUAGACAAGCUGAGUUGAGCCUAAGAUAAGUGGAUAACCCACUAAUCUCACUCUGUGAUACAGACCCCUGGUGUGUGCUUCUCAAAAGCAUUAGUAUUAGAUUUUACAGCCUGUUUUUUGUGUCACCCGGGGGGAGCAAUAGAAAACACAAUUUCCUCAGGGAUCCUUAUUUUUCAGAGGCAGGAUGCCAGCACACGAUAGUGUAAAUGACUGAAUGCACUUCUUUCCACACGGUGUGACACAUUUCUCGGUCAAAACACAUGGAGUCAUCCCUUUUGAAAAUGCAUAUUCAGUUCUUACUGUCAGUGGUAGCAAGUCCACAGUGUCAAAACUGUAAAUUUUGUGCUUUUUGUUUGGUCACAUCAAACCGUAUCUAAAGUCACAGCUUCGGCGCGCUGCUGUUCCCUUGUCUAUGUAAACGUACCAUUGUGUGAGAGAAAUCGACAAAAAAAAAAGUGUCAAUCAGUGCAAAUCAUUGAUGUGGAAUCUGUUAUAAAAAAGAUUUUAUUUUCUGAAUUUGAACAAGUAGCUGUUACCUUAAAGUCCUGGCAAUAAAAUGAAAAUGGAUACCUGA